AUGAGUCAGGGUCCAGUUGACAACCUUUUAGCUGCGUGUACCAACACUGUUCCAAGAGCGUUACUCAACCCAACAACCUCUCACCAUGUGAUUUACAUCUUAUAUGCCACGGAUGAAACAAGUGACUGUAUUGAUAUUCUCGCCGACUCAGCCCCUCGUAUCUCUGUCGGUGCAGCCCUCUAUAACUCUGUUGUUGAGAGUAACAACGCUAAUGACAACGCAGGUACAGUGAUGGCUUCUAAUAAGAAACGCAACUAUGAUGACAACUACCUGGAUUUUGGAUUUACAAGCAUCACUGAUAAAGGUGUAGUGAAGCCUCAGUGUGUGAUUUGUCACAAAAUACUAACAGCUGAAUCACUACGGCCCAGUAAACUUAGAUUACAUCUGGAAACCAAGCACCCUCAACAUGUUGGCAAAGAUCGUUCCUUCUUUAGUCGACAAGAAUUGAACAUGAAGAGACAGCGACUUGAUGCCAGUGGUUUCUUUAAUCAACAAAAUGCUGCCAUAGUGGAGGCAUCAUUUCUUGUAUCCCUUGAAAUAGCAAAGAAAAAGAAGCCUCACACAAUUGAGGAGGAAUUAAUUUUGCCAUGUGCCAAAACAAUGAAACUUACAGAAUUCUUUGAAUCUGAAGGUCUUGACUGGGGCAAUCUCUGUGGGAUAUGCACAGACGGGGCUCCAACCAUGUUGGGUUCUCAGUCAGGUUUUGUUACAAGAGUUAUACAAAAAGCACCAUAUGCUAUCCCUCUUCACUGCAUGAUCCACAGGCAAGCUCUUGCAUCAAAAACGCUACCCUCAGAAUUACAGGACACUCUGAAUGCAAUUAUAAAAACAGUUAACUUUGUAAAAGGUAGUGCUCUUAACACACCCCUUUUCAAGAGACUCUGCCAAGAUGUGGAUGCAGCUCAUGAGACCCUCCUAUUUCAUAAAGCAGUUCGCUGGCUAUCAAGAGGAAAUGUAGUUCAGCGUGUAUUUGAGCUCAGAGAAGAGAUCAGCCUCUUUCUCAGAAUACAGAACAAGCAAGAUUUGCUGUCAGCAUGGUCUGCAGAUAGCUUCGAAAUACGGCUAGCCUAUCUUGUUGACAUGUUGAGACAGUUGAACACACUGAACCUGGAACUCCAAGGGAAAGGAAGCUUGAUAAUCGAUUUUGUGGACAAAAUCAAAGCUUUCAUUCGUAAGAUGGAAAAUUGGAGGAGCAAAGUUGGAAUGGGAACCUUGGCAAUGCUGGACACAGUGUCAGAAAUUGUAGAGGAGUGUGAAGCUGCUACGCAGAACUUGAUUACCCAACAUCUUGAGGCCUUGGAAGGGGAAUUUAAAAGAUACUUCCCAGAUAUCCAAAGCCUAACUUCUCGGCUAGUAAGGGCUCCCUUCACUGCUCCAGUGACAUGCAUUCCUGAUGACAAUGAUGAUGGCCAAACUGAGCUGUUGACACUUCAGGAGGAUUCACGAGCUAAGAUGAAGUUUGAAACUGAAUCUCUCACAGUAUUUUGGUCAUCAGUGGCAGCUUCAUACCCAAACUUAUGUGACUUAGCUUUUCGCCACCUCCUACCAUUUUCAUCAACUUAUUCCUGUGAGGCUGCAUUCUCUCAACUGCUCCACAUUAAAACGAAAUAUCGCAACAGACUUGAAGUGAAGCAUGACCUACGGUGUGCUUUAAGUGAAACAAAACCAAGAAUCAAGAAGCUUGUUGAUAAUCUGCAACAUCACCCUUCACACUGA